CCGCUCGACCAAUCAGAUGGUGCCUUUGAGGAACGCGGUUGGCUCAGUGAACUAAGGGGUGAGGUAUAUUGACAGACGUCCCCGGCUACUCGACAUCUGAGUAGUGGAAUCAGGCAACUGAGCUGUAGACAUGUGUGGAAUCUUUGCCUAUCUCAACUAUCAUGUGCCAAGGACUCGCCGUGACAUCCUUGAGAUCCUUCUUAAAGGUCUGAGACGUCUGGAAUACAGAGGCUAUGACUCCGCUGGUGUGGGAAUUGAUGGAGGCAACGGCAAGGAGUGGGAGUCAAAUGCCAAGACUAUCCAACUGAUCAAGCAGCGUGGAAAAGUGAAGGCUCUUGAUGAAGAAAUCCACAAACAGCAGGAUAUCGACUUGGAUGUGGAGUUUGAUGUUCACCUUGGCAUUGCUCACACCCGCUGGGCCACUCACGGCGUGCCCAGCCCAGUUAACAGUCACCCACAGAGAUCUGACAAGAGCAAUGAGUUCAUUGUGAUUCACAAUGGAAUUAUUACCAACUACAAAGACCUGAGGAAAUUCUUGGAGAGCAAAGGCUAUGAUUUUGAAUCAGACACUGAUACAGAGACCAUUGCCAAGCUGGUGAAGUAUAUGUAUGACAACCGAGAGAAUGAUGACAUUAAUUUUGCCACACUGGUUGAACGUGUGACUCAACAGCUGGAGGGAGCAUUUGCCCUGGUCUUCAAGAGUGUCCACUAUCCUGGAGAGGCAGUUGGCACAAGGAGAGGGAGUCCUCUACUGAUUGGAGUGCGCAGUGAUCACAAGCUGUCCACAGAUCACAUUCCUGUGCUCUACCGCUCCUCUGGAAAAGACAAGAAGAGCUGCAGCGCCCUUCCCAGGACUGACCAGGACACCUGCUUGUUCCCUGUAGAUGAGAAAGCUGUAGAGUACUACUUUGCCUCUGAUGCUAGUGCUGUGAUUGAACACACAAACCGGGUAAUCUUCCUGGAGGACGACGAUGUGGCUGCCGUGAUGGAUGGUCGGCUGUCCAUCCACAGGAUAAAGCGCAGGGCAGGAGACUACCCAGCCCGCGCCAUUCAGACCCUGCAAAUGGAACUGCAGCAGAUCAUGAAGGGCAACUACAGCUCCUUCAUGCAGAAGGAGAUCUUCGAGCAGCCAGAGUCUGUGGUGAACACCAUGAGAGGAAGAGUCAACUUUGACAACAACUCAGUGACACUUGGUGGACUAAAGGACCACAUUAAAGAAAUCCAGAGGUGUCGGAGACUUAUUCUUAUUGCCUGUGGCACCAGUUACCAUGCUGGAGUAGCAACCCGUCAGGUCCUGGAGGAACUAACUGAGCUGCCUGUCAUGGUGGAGUUGGCCAGCGACUUCCUGGACAGGAAUACACCAGUCUUCCGAGACGAUGUCUGCUUCUUUAUCAGCCAGUCAGGAGAGACUGCCGACAGCCUCAUGGCCUUGCGCUAUAGCAAGGAGAGAGGGGCUCUGACCGUGGGCAUCACCAACACAGUGGGCAGCUCCAUCUCCAGGGAGACUGACUGUGGAGUCCAUAUCAAUGCUGGACCAGAGGUUGGAGUUGCCAGCACCAAGGCGUACACCAGUCAGUUUGUGGCCCUGAUCAUGUUUGCACUCUUGAUGUGCGAUGACAGAAUUUCAGUGCAGCCUAGACGGCGGGAGAUUAUCCAAGGUCUGAGAGUGCUUCCAGAUCUCAUCAAGGAGGUUCUCAGUUUGGAUGAUGAAAUCCAGAAGUUGGCAACAGAGUUAUAUCAGCAGAAGAGUGUACUGAUCAUGGGCAGAGGCUACCAUUAUGCAACCUGCUUGGAAGGAGCGCUGAAAAUCAAGGAAAUCACAUACAUGCACUCAGAGGGCAUCCUGGCAGGAGAGCUGAAACACGGUCCACUGGCUCUGGUGGAUAAACUCAUGCCGGUUAUCAUGAUCAUCAUGAGAGACCACACCUACAUUAAAUGUCAGAACGCCCUGCAGCAAGUUGUUGCCCGCCAGGGCCGUCCCAUUGUGAUUUGUGACAGAGAUGACCAUGAGACUAUCAAAAAUUCCUGCCGCACCAUCAAAGUGCCUCACUGUGUGGACUGCCUGCAGGGCAUCCUGAGCGUUAUCCCUCUGCAGCUGCUGUCCUUCCACCUGGCUGUUCUCAGAGGUUACGACGUGGACUGUCCAAGAAACCUGGCCAAGUCUGUGACCGUCGAGUAAACGACACCAUUCAUCAUGUGACAA